UUGCUCACUAGUGAGCAUUUAUAGGCUGUUGAUGUAUAUAAAGAAUAUUCUCUUUAACGAUAGUAGCCGUACUAUAUUAAUACAUAAAAUACUUAUUAAAUGUCCCACAUACCUACAAGCGAAAAAGGUUUUGUUGAGAACUAAACUUACUACUUAACUUAAAAUCUUAAAACUUGAGAUUUCAAUAUCCUAUUCAAUCAUUUCAAUCCAUAACCUUCUAUGGAUAUCAAUAUGUUCUGUAAUAAAAACGUAUGUUGUUCAUAAAUAUGAAAACAUUUUACUCGAACUGGUUUUACUUUUUUUAAUCGGAUACACAGAAAUCUAAAAUAGCGACAAAAGCAAAUGUCAUAAUUGUUUUUGUCAAUAUUUUAUAUGUCAGGCAACAACACUUGUUUAAUAUUUAAUAAAUUUAGUUUUUAAUUAUAGAUCUACACUAGUUUUGUAAUUCCUGUCAUUUGUAUACUUAAUUAAUUAUUAAUUUGUUGAAUUUUCAUUACUUAUUGUGAACAAUGGUAAGUAAAAAAAAUAUACUUCGAGGGUUUGCAGGAACAAUGAUUGGAGAUCGAUUCAUCGAUUAUUGUGUACAUACAUAACAUCUUGGCAUCUUGUUACACUUUAACCUGCCUUUUCGUCACCUGGGGGUAGUCAGGUCCACAGCAUAUACAGUGUGUCACACAACAAGUCCAAAAGGGUUUUAGUAAGUAAUAUAGGAACAUACUGUGUACGACUAUUUCGACAAAUAUACCUUUUUGUGUGAAAUGUAUGAUGAAGAGGCGGAUAAAAUAAUAGAAUUGGUCUUAAAUUAUUUUCCUUUCGAUAAUUCAUGUCAAGUAAUAGACGUGAAAAAAGGAAAAAAUCUUGUGAGUCGAGUACAGCUGCCAACACUCAAAUUGGAAAUGUUGGAAAUUGGCAAUAUAAUAAAUAUAUUUUCCAAAUUGCUCCUUAUCACAGAUUGCGCACCUGCUACUCGGAAGACACUGUUUUAUAAAUACGAAAGUACUUUCGCCCUUAUAAAACCAGUACCACCAGAUUUACAUGGAAAAAUAAUAACAUUUAUAACAAAAAAUGGGUUCCGUAUAGUGCGCAUGAAGAAUGGAAAAAUUAACAAAGAUGGCGCAUUGGCACUUUAUAACCACAUUUCUGGAAGUAGUAUGCUCCCAAUUAUAGUUGACUACGUAACUAGUGGCGAAGUGAUUGGACUAGAGCUGGUGGGACGCAACGCAAUACAGGAGUGGCGGCGCUGUUUAGGGGCGACAAACCCCGCUGAAGCUGAGCCUGGUUCUCUAAGACACUUAUACGGAGAAAAUACGCUUCGAAACAUUGCCCACGGUUGUACCACUACACAAGACGUUGCUGACAUGUUGGAGUUAUUCUUCGGAUAUGAAAAGGGGCACGUGCCACGCGUCCCAUACAGAGCGACAUUCGAGAACUGCACUUGUUGCGUGAUCAAACCUCAUGCCGUACUGGAAGGCAACGUCGGCGCUAUCCUGGAACAAAUAACGACCUCUGGAAAGUUCCAUAUCACCGCCAUGGCCAUGUUUUCUGUUACAUUGUCUAACGCUGCAGAAUUUUAUGAAGUUUAUAAAGGAGUUUUGCCUGAAUACGAGGCGAUGAGCAUUCACCUGGCGGAAGGCAAGUGUGUUGCCUUGGAAAUCAAAUCUGCUAAUCCCGAGGAGAACUGUAUCUGCGCAUUUAGACAAUUAUGUGGACCUCGAGACCCGGAUCUAUGUCGCCAGUUGUAUCCUAAGUCAAUAAGGGCUUUGUACGGAAAAACAUUAGUCCACAAUGCAGUACAUUGCACAGACCUCCCUGAAGAUGGGGAAUCAGAAGUUGAAUACUUUUUCAAACUGUUAGCCAAUGAAUGACCAAAUUUUAGGUUUGAAGGUCUGUAGUUCUUUAUUUAUGUAGUGUUACUUUAUUUAUAGUACCUAAAAUAAAAAUUAAUUUAAGUAGAUUAGAUGCUUAUUAUAGUUAGAUAAAACUAACUAAACUAAACAAACGAUUUGCAG